GGAAUAGCCUGAAAAUGGCGACCAUGUGUGUUUGAAACCGGCAAUGCACCGGCAUAUAAUUUAAAUUUCAACGAAUCGACUAUAUUAAUAACAAACACACGCAUCGCUGUUAAUUUAUAAAGCGUUUGCAUUUGAAGAAACAGUGUCAUGGACAAAUCAAAGGAACCAGAUGCAGAAAAAACAGUAGAGAAAAAGAAAGAACCUUCUCCUGGAACUUCUGAUAAACAGACUGGAUCCUCAAAAAAGUCAAAAAGACAAAAGACUGUUGUAGCUCCUAUAGAGCCUCGCACACCAUUGAAGAGGCAGAGGGCACCUGUAGAAAGAUUCCAGUCUCCUGCAGAGGAAUUACCGACACCUAAACCUAAAACGCCUCACCAUGAUGAUGUGGAGGUUGUUUAUAAAAAGGGAGUCUUUCUGGCAGUUAGAGGAGAUGAAGAAACCUUCUACUUGUGCAGAACACAACAGAAUGUCUUCAGCAACACUAAAAAGUUCAAGAUUCAGUGGCUUGACAUGGAUGAAGUGACCAAGCAUUACAAAUUUGAUUUCCUAGACUCGACAGAUAUUGAAUGUGUCCUUACCAAUAUCAAGAUGGAUCGUGUUGCCAGGGAAACAUAUACACUUCCAGAUAGUGAGAAAAAGAGGAUUGAGAUGAUAUUGACAAAGGCUAUACGUAAGGAGAAAGGCAUGCCUAUUGAUGACAUAGAUAUUGUUCCUGAAAAUGAGGUUGAGGAGGAAGAAGAUGAAGAAGAGACUGAAGAUGAUGAGGAUUGGGAAGAUGAACCAACUACAAAGAAACAGAAGCUGUCAAAGUCUAAAACUACACCACCAUCUAAAAAAGGUGUGAGGGUGUUCUUAAAAUCUGGAAAGUCAUCAAGUAAAAAAUCUACACCAAAAACCAAAUCUGACAAAAAAGAAAAGAAAGAUACCAAAAAGACACCAAAGAAGGAUGGUAAAAAGGAAGGCAAAUCUGAUAAGAAAAGAGGACCAGACAAAAACUUGAAGCCUAACCUAAAGAUUAAGGUUAUAGAAAAAGAUCCAUUAUUUGAAACAAAGGACCAUGUGCCAUUUAUUUCUAAGAUGUCCCAUACCAAGCUGGUAUUCAGAGCAGUUUUACAGAAUGAUAUGGAAUUACUGAAACAGUUGUUAGAAGAUGAUCAACACAUUUACAAUGUUCAAAUUCCUAAAUCAAUAGCAGAUGAAAGAAGUCCUUUCCAAAUGGCUAUAGAAAACAAUAAUAUUGAAAUGAUGACUUUAUUGAAUAAAGAUAUCACAGACAAAGGAAAUAAAAGACUGAAACAGUCUCCUCCACCUGUUCUUUUAGAGGCACUUGGCACAGGAUCAUAUAACCCUGUAUCUCUUGGUGUAACUUUUAUCAGAAAGUUAACAGCAAGUAGAGGAAGCAGAGAAGGAAAUGCUGCUUUUACUAAAGAAAAAUAUAUUAAUAAUUUAGAGGUUUUGGAUCAAGCUAUGUUGAAAGGGGUGAAGAAAGAAACCAUUGAUGCAUAUAUCAAUACCUUACCAAUCAACCAACAAGGCCGUGUGAAAAAUAGCUUAAGGAACAGUUUAGAGUUAGCUGUUAUGAGGGGCCAUUUGGAAUUAGCAGGUGCUAUCAUUAAAGAGAACAAAGAUGGACAUGGAUAUAAUUUUCUUCAUAUAGAUGUAUUGACAAAAACAACAGAAGAUCUACCAGCCACCAUACGAGCAGACUCUGUCAGAAAGAAACCAGGAGAUCAGUCUAUGAUGACACCACUUCACUGUGCUUGUAUCAAUCCAAACAAGAAGUACCUAGAGAGGCUGCUAUCUAUAGAACCAGAUAUUAACCUGGAGGAUAAGAAAGGGAGAAAACCCAUACACUAUGCUGCAACCUGUCAAGGAACAGGACCACUAGAAGUCCUACUUAAAAAAGGUGCUAGUCCAUUUGAUGUUACCAGAAGAAAGUGCACACCAUUGUUUUAUGCUUGUACAGCCAGAAGGGCUGAAAAUGCUGAUGUCCUUCUCAAGAGGGCAAAAACAGACAAAGGGGGUGCUGGAGAUGUCUUUACAGAAAAGUUUGGUGUGGGUGGUAUAAACAGACCUAACUGGGAGUCCAUUUGUCCAAUCCAUGUAGCAGCAGAAGGAGGAGAUGUGGAACUUUUGAAAAUACUUCUAAAGCACGGAGUUGAUGUUAACAAACCUUUAUCAGCAAGUAAAAACAAACUAUCACCAUUAAUGAUAGCAGCCAGUAAAGGCAAUCUGGAAAUGGUUCGAUUAUUAGUUCAAAAUGGUGCUGUAAUUGAACAAUUAGAUAAAUACAAGAGAACAGCUUUAACACAUGCAGUAAUGAAUGGUAGUGUUACAGUAGCCUCCUACUUGUUAUACCUUGGGUCUGACCCUAACCAUGCUGAUAGUUCUGGUAACACACUGGUACAUUAUGCUGCAGCCUAUGGAUGGUACUUUGUUCUUAAGUUACUGGUCAAUGAAGGUGGUGCUGAUCCUAAAAUAGCAAAUGAUUGGAAGUUGACCCCAGUGGGUGUUGCCUUUAUGAAAGGUCACAUGGGAUUGGUAGACUUUCUGUUGAAGAUGCCUGGUGUUGAUAUAAAUUUUAAAAAUGAUACAGGAAUGACAUUACUGAGUAUAGCCUGUAGUAGUGCUUUACAGAAAGGUUUAGAGGAUCAAGUUGUUUAUCUGUUAAAGAAAGGAGGGGAUCCCACAAUCACUGAUGUUAAUGGCUUUAAUGCUUUGCAUCAUUUGGCAGCAAAUAAAGUAUCUGGUGGGCAUGGUUCUAAAGAGGAGGUGCAGAAAAUGGUGAAUGAUAAAAUGGAUCUGACAGUAAAAAUAGCACAAUUAUUAAUUGAAGCUGGAUGUCAACCUACCCAUAAAACAGACAAUAGACAGACUGCUAUCACUCUAGCCAUAGUACAGGCAAAUAUCAGAUUAAUAACAUAUUUGGUGGAGAAAGGAGGAGCUAUAUCAGCAGAGAAGAAUCAACAGGGAGACAACCCACUUCAUCUGUUAGCUAAGAUGUGUAUGAAAAAUGAUAUGGCUACAUUGGUCAAAACCCUCAAUACAGAGAACGUACCUGUAGAAAUAAAAGAGAAUGGUCUGACAGAAAAGAUGGAGGUUGAUGGUGACAAUGAUAAAGCUUUAGACUUGAGAGCACCAGAAAAUAAUGUUCCAAAACCUUCCCUAAAGAAAGAAAUGUCUAAAGCACGACCAGAAUAUAUGAAACUGAUGGCGUCAGAUGUCAACCAUAAUGGUUUUACUCCAUUACUAGUUGCUUGUGAACAGUAUGCUAUAUUUAAGAAGGAUAAAACGGACAAUGAAGAAUUUCAAGCAGCUUUGAAGAAUGGCAGGGACUUUAUAAAGGCUGUUUUAAAUCUCUCAGGAGCAAAUCCAUCACAGACUGUUCAGAAGAAAUAUUUUGAAGGUCUGGAACCAGAAAAUGAAUCACAAAAAUAUGCAUCUAAUGGCAAAUGUUCAGCUGUCCACUUCAUGGUGAAAGCAUGUUCCGACAAUAAAGAAGAAGGAUGCAGUGGAUUAAACUUGAUACUGAGUUACAAACCAGACUUAGAAGUAAAGAAUUUAUCAGGAGAUACACCCUUGUCUUUAGCUGUUAAAGUGAACAGCCUUUGUUCUGUAGAAAUUCUGUUACAAGCUAAAGCCAACCCUAAUGUGACCUAUAUUGUGGAAAAAGGUGCAGAGGAUAAGAUAGUAGAAGCCCCAGUCUUACACUCUGCUACAAAAUCUAAGUCAGUGGAAAUAGUGGACAGACUGUUGGCAGCAGGGGCACAAGCAGACGGACGAAAUAGUAAAACAAAGAGAACAUGUCUUCACCUGGCAGUUUCCGACAGAGGUGAUGAAGUUAAAGGAGUCCAAAUAAUGUCAAGCUUACUCAAUUCUGGUGCUGAUGUUAAUGCUGUGGAUUCAGAAAAGCGUUCCGCACUACAUUUAUCUGUCAAUUCUAACAGUGGAUCGUCAGAUUCUAGUACAGAUUAUGAAGAAGUUCUUAUUAAGAAAGGAGCUAAUAUCUUUCAGAAAUGUAGUAGUAAUAGAAUGCCAAUACAUUAUGUCUUUAAAAAGAUUGAGUCACCUGAACUGAAGACAGCAAUAGAUCCAAUUGAUUUACUGAGUUUGUUAACCCGUACCAUGAAGGACCAGCAGAUUGAUGAAACAGACUGUAACCUUCAGACUCCCCUACACCUAGCAGCAUAUAGAGGGGCAACCAUCUGUUGUCUACAUUUAAUUAAGAGAAAAGCAGUUGUUGACAAAAAAGAUAUUGAUGGAAAUACACCAUUGUCAUUUGCAGUAUCAAAUAAGCAUGACAGUUGUGCCAUCAUCUUGAUCCAGAAUGGAGCUAAUGUCAAAAAUAAUGUGGUGUUUUCUCCCAAAGACAAGCCAGAACCUGAUAAAAAUAAGAAACCAUUAUGGCGAUGGAAGCCUCUGGUUUUACCAGAGGUAACUCCAGAAAAGAAAACCUACUCCAUAUUCCAGGAGGCCAUACAAAAAGAAUUACAGGGUGUAGCUCACAUGGUCCUUGAUGCUUCAGGAAAUCUGGACAGUCGUGUUAUAGAGGCAGCUCUACGUGUGAACCAGUUUAAUGUAGUACUACGAUUACUCAGAAAGAUCAAUGAUCGAUCUCAACUACAGAUUCUCAAUGACCAACAACAAAACCUUUUCCAUGUGUUAGCUUUACAUACAGAACCAGGAACCCCAGGGGCAGUAGAUUCUCUACAAUUAAAGGUAGCUCAGAUGCUGUAUGACAAAGGUGUCCCAUUAAAUCAGACUGAUGAAAAUGGAUGUACGCCAUUACAUUAUGCAGCUCUCACACAUCAGCAAUAUGAUCUAGCCAAGUUUUUUGUUGAAAAGGACACAGCUUUAGAUUUGAAUAGAAAAGACAAAUUUGACAGAACAGUUAUAGCAGCAUUUUUCUGGGACCAUCAUAAAGUCACAAAACUUUCCAAUUUAGAACUCAAUACAAAAUGGUUACAGUUAUUUUUAUCAAAGGGUUGUUCAUUGGACAUUUUGUUUGAUCUCCCACUUCCAGAAGUGCCUGUAUUUGAUAUGUUAUCGAACACUCUUAGUAAUUACUUUACAACAGCAUGUGAAUACAGGAUUUCUCCUUUGAUUUUUGCAAUAAACUUUUGUGAAGUUGGAAUUCUCAGAUUUCUUCUGGAAAAUGGAGCCAGUUCAAAUUUUGCAGACAAUCGUGGAUUAACCCCACUCAUGCAUGCAGUAAAAAAGAAUGAUCUUGUCAUGGUGAAAAUAUUGCUGAAUUCUACAUACAAAAGUGAUGGCAGUCAGUCAAAAUCAGAGAAAACCAAAAUGUCCAGACAAUUGUCUAGGAAUGUAUUUGCCAUCACACAGAUUGAUGAGGAAGAGGAAGACAAUGAAGAUGAAAAUGAGGAGGAGGAGGAUGAUGCUCAGGAUGAACAAGAUGAUGAAGAUAUGGAUGAUGAAGACAAUGAAGAGGAAGAGGAAGCAGCAGAAGAUGAUGAUCAUGACACAGACAAUGUUGAUGAAGAUGAGGAGGAAGAGGAUGAGAACAAUGAGGAUGAUGAUGAAAUCUCUCCUGAGAGUUUCCCAUCACUCACUAGUCACCCAUCAAAAUCAUUGUCGCAAGAAGAAAAGAAAUCGGAUGAAGAAUUUGAAACAGUUGAAAAAACCAGUGAUGUUAGAUUAAAUGCAACAGAUUCUCAGGGAUGGACAGCAGUGCAUCAUUUGGUGUGUCCACUAGACUAUGGAACCUUUGAUAAUGAAGAAAUUUUAUUUGUCCUUGCCAAAGUUGGGGCAGAUAUCCAAACAAAAGACAAUGCAGGAUUGUCUCCCUUAGACCAUGCUUUAAUCCGUGGAGCUACACAACUAGCAAGACGUUUACAGAUACUAUCUGGUGUGGAGAAUAGCAAACUGGAAAAGCCAGUAUUUCCAUCUAUAGAAGUGAAGGACAGUCUGCCUGUGCCAUUGUCAGUAGAUUACAAAAUUGAUUCAGAAGAAUAUCUUAAGUCAAUACAAGACAAAGACAUGGAUGUGGAUGAAGAAAACAAAUGUGAAGUUGACAGAUGCUGUGAAUACAGAAAAGUUGGAGAGGUUGUGAUGGAUGAUUCUCAAAAGAUACCUUAUGAUGUAACCUUGUCCAAAGUAGAUGUUUCUUUUGGUACUUGGGGAAUGUACAACUUCUAUAAAAUGCAGGUUGUGCAUCAGAAGGCUCAGGAUUUAUAUAUAUUAUUUACACGAUGGGGAAGGAUUGGUGAGAAUGGACAAUUUCAACAUACACCAUUCCAGAAGAAGUCAGAAGCCAUUACAGAAUUUGGAAAAAUAUUCAGAUCAAAAACUGGAAAUUACUGGUCAAAUGUUAAGUUGUUUGAAAAGCAACCAAAGAAAUAUAGACUGGUUGAAACAGACAGAUCAUAUGCCCAACCAACUAAAAUAGAUUUUAAGCUGCAGACAGACAUUCCUUCCAAAUUACCAAAAUUUGUACAGGAUCUAGUGAAAGAAAUGAGCAGUAUUAAGAUGAUGGAAGCAGCUAUUAACAAAGAGGGGUUUAAUUAUAGCUUGAUGCCAUUUGGGAGGCUGAAAAGAGAAACAUUAAUUGAAGCUAGAAAAGUACUAGCUGAGAUAGGUGGGCAUGUUAAGAAACUAGAGAAGAUUAACAGUGACUACUCUAUGACACAAACAGAGAAGAAUGUUCAAAUGCAGGAGCUUGGAGAAAAGAUUGCCAAAUUGUCCAAUAGCUAUUACCACUGUAUACCUCAGCAGAAUUACGUCUUUGAUAAAAUCCAACCAAUAUGUGACAAAGACUCAUAUAAAACGCAACUGAAGCAUCUAUCAAAUCUGUUAGAUAUUGAAUGUGCAGAGAAAAUUGUUAUUGGAGCUCAGUCAAAGAUGUCUAGUAUGAAUCCUCUUGACUACAUUUACCAAGCUGUUGGAUGUAAGAUACAACUACUAACAGAAGAUUGUGCUGAAUCUCAGUAUAUACUCAAAUACAUACAUGCAUCAUGCAAAGAAAAUCAUGUACAUGCAAUAUAUAAACUGUCCCGUCCAGGAGAAGAUACCACUAUUAGAAGUUUGAACAUGGAAAACCACAAGUUGUUGUGGCAUGGCAGCAGUAUGUCUAACUUUAUCAGUAUAUUACACCGUGGAUUACUUGUAGCACCUCCUGAAAUACCAAUGACGGGAGCUUUGUUUGGAGAGGGUCUGUACACCUCAGAUGCUUUCUUUAAAUGUCAGAUGUAUUCAUAUAAUGCCAACCCAUCAUCUAAUACCAGACUGGCUUUACUCUGUCAGGUUGCUCUUGGUAAGACAUGUGAAGUGGAUACUGUAGAUGAUAUGGAAACAGAUUUAACAGAUUCUGAUUAUCAGUGCAAACGUGUUGAUGGGAACAAGAUUCCCAAUAAAGAUUUUGAUGUUACUUUGCCAUAUGGAGCAGUCAUGCCUCUCGGUCAGCUUCAGAAUAAUCCGAAGAAAGAAAACUGGAGAUCAUUUAGAAUGCCUUACAGGGAAUUUAUUGUUAAUGAUGCCUCUCAGGUCUGUCUCCGGUAUCUGGUGGAAUUCAGCACAAUUACAUCCAGAAAAUAGAUUGUCACAAGUCAUUUGGACUCAUUGUUGUCUCCCUUCUUGAGACAAGAGUUGUCUGCCCAUCGAAUGAUAAAUGUAGUAGAUGUAGUACUGUUUUUCAUUGUUGAUUGUAUGGUCGUAAUAUUCACUAAGAUAUUGUUAUUUUGUACAGAAAAUAUAUUUUGGUUUAGUUUUAUAACCUCAUAAUCAUUUUGUUUAUUUAUGUCAUAGGCAUUUGCUUAUUUACUAUCUUUUAAACUGAAAUCAUGUUCACUUUCUAGAAGAAAUAUUUAACUAAUGAUGAAAUACGAAUUUCAUUUUAAAAAAAGAAUUUUGAUGUAAAUAAAGUAUUGGAGUAUACUAUAAUUUUAUGGUCAUAGUUCUACAUGUAUUAAAGUUGUUGUAUGAAUUGCAUAAUAGAUUAACAUUUAUAAUGCUUCAUUUAAUUGUCCACAAGAUUAAAAUUCAAUCGGCAAAAUUUUGUAUGUAGUUAAGUGUAAAUCAAGUUGAUUAGUAAUUAAUAAAACCAAAGAAAAAAAUAUCUUAGAAAAUUUAUUUAGAAAUUUAAAAUAUUUUUUUUCCAUCCAUGAAAAUAUAUUGGCAUAGGAUGGUUCUAUCUUUAUCAUAUCUUUUUGAAAUACUGAUAAAAGGGUUUUAAAGUUAAAAUAUUUAAAAGAAACAAACUAAGCUUUCAAUUAGGUUAUUCACCUUGCUUAUUAAUAUUUGGCAUCAUGCAACUUUUAGGAUCACAUAAUUUAGAUUUGAAUAUAUUUCAUUAUGAAAUCAUGAGAAGUAUUGAUUAUAUAUUUUGCAUUUAUUGAUAGACCUGAUGUUGAAUAUGCUUGAUUACCAACAUGGAAGUAAAGAAAUGGUCAACAAUAAACCAUAUACUAUGUUGUCAUAUGACAUGUUAUUUGUAUACAUAUUGAUGUUAUUGGUAUACAGAGUCGUAAAAUGGUUACAGUGGUUCAUAUCAUUAUACUGUUGUAUUUUUAGUGCUAUUAUUUCAUGAGUUUUGUACAUAAAGCAUUGUUCCAAUGUUUGAUACAUAAAACCUGUUUAAAUGGACAAAGCAAAUUAUUAUUAAUGAUCUUCAUCAAAGACCAACAUCUGCAUAGAAAUUUCAUUUAAAAUAGUAUGCAUAGUAGCAUAUCAACAAAAAAGAAGUUCAUGAGUCGAUUUUCAUACCAUCAGAAUUUGUUAUUUAUAAAAUCAAAUAGAUCAGACACGUAAUGAAAUACCCCGCUCAAUGAAAGAAAUCAAUUCGUUAAGAUUUGUUCCUGUUUUGGGAUUUUUUCCCAUUAGUAUGGGUUGAUUUGGUAAAUAUAAGUUAGUUCAGUGUCUUUUGCUUAAAAACUGGUAUUUUAAGGUUUAUACUGAUUAUUUGUUACUUUAUUUUUCUAGAAAUUUUGUGAAAGCUACUAUAAUUUUAUUCUGUUUUGAUAUCUUUGUUGUAUUUUAUUCUGAGGGAUAUUUUGUGCAAUCCUUAUAUUGUAGAUAUAUAUCUAAAUUGAAUUGAAAUAGGUUCCCUUAAAAUUACUUUUUCAUUUCUCUUUCUCAUAAUAUAUAUUUUUGUACUUAUAAUUUUUAUUGAGAAUUUUUUUCUUAAGGUUGGUUAAAUCUAGUAAUGUUUAACUUUUUUCUCUAAGAUAAAAUAAUAAAACAUUACUUGAUUUACAAAAAGAUUUUUUUAGCCAAUUUCUUCAGAUGAACUUCUAAAAUAUUGCCUCCAAUGUGUGUUUUCACAUGUUCAGAACUUUAAAGUUUGCUUUGAUGUCAUUAUCUGGUAUUGAUGUUUUUUAUUUUAUAAAAAAAAUAUUUAGUGUUUUUUGUAAUUUGUUAAGCUUUGUGGUUUUUUAUGGCAUUUUAUAUAUUAAUGUUAAAAUCAGGGUUAAAACAGAACUUGGUCCUUCCCUUACUCUAGUUUACUCCUUUGAGAAAAAAAACCAGAAACUAAACUUAAUUUGUAAGUUAUAUAAUUCAUAAUGAAUAAGUGCUAUCUUCUAUACAAGUAUUGUGUUUCUUGUUACAUGACCUUGAAAAGUAAUUACCAUUGGAUGGACCAGCCACACUUCUAGAGCAAUUGGUAUGCCAAUAUUACAUGAAAAUCACAUAAAUUUUGUAUGAUAGAUAUCCAGUUUGACAGGCUUUUGCAGAAGUGUAGGGUUUAGUAUGCACCAAGACUAAAGGCUAAUCUGUUUGAAGUUUAAAUGACAGUUGCUGUGACAAGAUAAAUGAGUUGUUGUGUUAUAUGUAGUGAUUAAUUGUAGAAUCUCUUUGUUUCAUUAUUUCCUGAACAUUAAUAACAUUUUAGUCAGAGCCUAAUUUAAUCAAUAUAAAUUAUAUUUUUAGAAUAAAGAUGCUGUCUGCUUAAUAAUUUUAUCUUUAUUUUCAGACAUAUUUGUGAAUGAAUUGUAAAGAAGUGUUCUUAAGAGUUCAUUAGUUAAUUGUUCAGGAUAAACUGGUUAAAUUAAGUUCCACUAAGGUUUUGAAGUUUCAAUAUGCAUUGCUACUAUAUGUUUUACUCUUUUCCAAUACUUUUUUUCAGAACUUGGUCAGUUCAAACAAAAGUUUUCAGUUUUAUCAAAGAAUAACUAGUAAAAAAGAAUAAUUACCAGCAGACGACAUUUUAUAUCUAAUAUAUUACAUUCUUUAAUAACUUAUAUAGCUUUAGAAAUACAAUUGAAUCUGUCAUAAAUAUAUGAUAUUGAGAGAUGCCCACUUUUUAGAAAAGUGGGUAUAGUUGAUACAAACAAAACCAGUUUUUAUAGGCUAGCUAUCCUGUAAGAUAGUCUUAGGCCACUAUCUAGUAACUGAUAUUGUGAUCUCUGAUGACAGAUUCCAUUGUAUAACAGGAGGUUUUGUUUAUAGUCAUACUUCACCAUCACAUGACCAUAUAAUACAUAUUGUAGAAUUAAAUCAUAAAGAAUGAAUUUUAAUGUAAAGAAAAAUUGUAUUUUGUAAUAUCGUACAAAUAAAUAUGUCACUAGGUGA